CAGUCGUCUUUUCUGUGGGGGUAUCUGGUUUAUCCUAUUGUUGAAGGGGUGUUGGUGGAUAACUAUGAUGGCAAAGUGGUUAUGGCUUGGGGUGUGGCCUUGUGGUCAUUGGCUACUUUUCUCACUCCCUGGGCUGCAAAGACCUCAAUUUUGGCUCUGUUUUCCGUGUGUGCUUUGCUUGGCAUGGCCGAAGGAGUAGCUUUUCCUUCCAUGAAUAACAUGGUAGCCAGAUGGUUUCCUCAAAAUGAAAGGGCAAAGGCUGUUGGAAGUUUAAUGGCUGGAUUUCAGCUUGGAUGCGCGAUAGGGCUUAUGCUUUCUCCUAUUUUUAUGUCCCAAGGUGGUAUAUUUGGUCCAUUUGUGAUUUUUGGAUUAUCUGGGUUUCUUUUGGUGUUGGUGUGGUUGUCUGCAACAUCAAGCACUCCUGACGGAAGUCCUAAGAUAUCAAAAUAUGAGCUGGAGUAUAUAUUGAAUAGAAGGCAUAAGUCUUUUUCAGUGGAGACAGUUAAACUUAAGAAAGUUAAAUUGAUCCCUCCAUUCAGACGCUUGCUUUCAAAGCUUCCAAUUCCUCUAAUUGUUGUAAAUUCCAUGCAUAGCUGGGGACUUUUGAAUGUUCUUUCUUGGAUGCCCAUAUACUUCAACUCAGUGAAUCAUUUGGAUCUCAGGCAUGCAGCAUGGUCUGUGAUGGCUAUCAUGAAUUACCUAGCUUGCUUUUGGUCAGAUAUGAUGAUACAAAGUGGUACAAGUGUUUCUUUGACUCGUAAGAAUAUGCAGUCCAUUGGUUUUGUUGAAAGACCUUGUUUAUCACCAAAUGAGCAGGAAUUGGAGCUAAAACCAUACUCAGAAAUAGAUAGGGAGCUAAAUGGAUAUCUUGUGAAGGUGCAUGGACUGAUCUCUGCUGGUGUGACAGAUGAAAUGUUUUCUAAUCAUCCCAAGGUACCUGGUAACACCAAAUUGGAGGGUGAUGAGCCAAAGAAAAUAGUUUGCCGCUUAUAUGGCUACCAUUCUGAUGAUAUGACUAGUGAGGUUGAUGAAUAUGUGGAUGCUUUAGCUACCAUGGAUUCAUUUGAGCAAGACAGAAAUGAAGACCAUAAUGACUUGCAAGCUCCUUUCUUAAAUUCUGAGUCAACAAGAACCUCCUAUGCAUCAGAUGAUAAUAGUUCACUCAGAAGAGAUAGAAAUGAAGACCAUACUCAACCGCAAGCUCAGUUCUUAGAUUCCCAAUAUAUUGGAAACUCUUCCACAUCAGAUAUCAAAGAUAUGCCAAUCAACUUGGUUUCCCAAACUGUUGAGUGGGAAAAGACUUAUUGUGGUGAGUUUGUCAUGCUUGAUGAUGCACAAGUUCAUAAAGAAGUACAGAACUGGUAG